AUGGAAAUGCCAUUGUCCAAAUUCGAACACGACGAUUCUGAGGUGUUGCACGAUGCGCCGUCAUCCUUGCUGGCAAAGGACGACGAGGAGGGCGAGGGCGGCGAUUAUCCUCGGAUGCGCGGAUUUGAGGAUGUUAAGACAAUGGUGGCAAUAGAGUCGAUGAAGCUUUGGGCGAUCGCGGGUCCCAUCGCCUUCAACAUUUUGUGUAACUAUGGCAUCAACUCCUUCACCUCCAUUUUCGUUGGGCACAUCGGCAACUUGGAGCUCUCCGCUGUCGCUAUUUCUUUGUCGGUCAUUGAAAACUUCUCCUUCGGAUUCUUGUUUGGCAUGUCGAGUGCCCUGGAGACAUUAUGCGGGCAAGCAUUCGGAGCGGGAGAAACAAAAAUGCUGGGGAUCUACAUGCAACGGUCGUGGAUAAUCCUGACGGGCGCUUGCAUUUGUAUGUUGCCUCUCUACACUUACUCGACGCCGAUUCUCAAGCUACUAGGGCAGCGAAAGGACAUCGCCAUUUUGGCGGGAGAGUUUUCGGUGAAGAUCAUUCCUCAGAUGUUCGCGCUGGCGCUGAACUUCGCGACGCAGAAAUUCUUACAAGCUCAGAGCAAAGUCCGAAUUCUAGCGUGGAUCGGGUUGGUAGCGUUGGUGUUCCACGUGGGAUUUCUGAUGCUGUUCAUGAAGGUGUUGGAUUGGGGGCUGAGCGGAGCUGCGGCGGCGUAUGACGUGUCAGCGUGGGGGGUGGCUCUAGCUCAGGUAGCUUACGUGGCGGGGUGGUGUCCCGACAGCUGGACGGGGUUGUCCCCUCUGGCGUUUAAGGAGAUUUGGGCGUUUUUGAAGCUGUCUUUAGCUUCGGCGGUGAUGCUGUGCUUGGAGAUUUGGUACUUCAUGAGUAUAAUCGUCAUGACCGGACAUCUCCCGGAUCCUGUGCUCGCCGUUGGAUCUCUUUCGAUCUGCAUGAACUUGGAUGGAUGGGAAGGCAUGAUAUUCAUUGGAGUGACGACGGCGAUAAGUGUUCGUGUAUCGAAUGAGCUGGGAUCGGGACACCCUCGCGCAGCCAAGUACUCGGUGUUUGUAACGGUCACCGAAUCCUUUGCCAUAGGCCUAUUCAGUAUGAUGGUCGUAAUAGCCACAAAAGACCAUUUCGCUGUGCUUUUCACUAGCAGCGACCAAAUGCAAAAGGCUGUCUCCGAAUUGGCCUACUUGCUCGCCGUCACCAUGGUGCUCAACAGCAUUCAACCAGUCAUAUCAGGAGUUGCUAUAGGGGGAGGAUGGCAAGGACUUGUGGCAUACAUUAAUUUGAUUUGUUACUAUGUAAUCGGGCUUCCCGUUGGAUUUGUUCUUGGCCACAAAGCAGGAUUAGGCGUACAGGGAAUAUGGAUGGGAAUGAUAUUCGGAACUUUUCUUCAAACUCUAAUUCUUCUCUUUAUCGUCUUGAGAACAAAUUGGAGCCAAGAGGUGGAACAAGUAUCCAGAAGAAUGCGUGAAUGGAGCGCAGAAGAUUUAGGUUAAAAAAAAUGAAGGUUUAAUUUAUUAUUAUUGUUAUUGUCGC